AUUAACCCUCCUCUUCUCCUCCUCUUCCUCCCUCCAUCUCUGAGUCAUCUCCCCUCCCCCCUCUGUCACACAUCUCACCCCCUCCUCCUCUGUUUUUCUCUCUCUCUCUCCCUCUCUCUCCCCCUCUCUCUCUCUCUGGCUCUCAGUAUUUUCUCAGUCGACGUGAGAGGCAGAGCUCACACACACACACACACACUCACACACACACACACAGAGGCAGGCGGCAGGAUGUCGAUCGUCAGCAUCGUUGCCAGGGAGAUCUUGGACUCCCGGGGAAACCCCACCGUGGAAGUGGACCUUCGCACAGAGAAAGGUCUGUUCAGGGCUGCCGUGCCCAGCGGAGCGUCCACAGGUAUCUACGAAGCUCUGGAGCUCCGAGAUGGAGACAAGAGUCGCUACAAGGGCAAAGGUGUUUUGAAGGCAGUCGGCCACAUCAACGAUACUCUGGCUCCAGCUCUCAUCGCCUCUGGCGUCAGCGUUGUGGAGCAGGAGCAGCUGGACAACAUGAUGAUCGAGAUGGACGGCACGGAAAACAAAUCUCAGUUUGGGGCCAACGCCAUCCUGGGAGUGUCUCUGUCCAUCUGUAAGGCCGGUGCAGCGGAGAAAGACGUCCCCCUGUACCGUCACAUAGCCGACCUGGCUGGAAACACGGAGCUGGUGCUGCCGGUUCCUGCCUUCAACGUUAUAAAUGGAGGAUCUCAUGCUGGAAACAAACUGGCCAUGCAGGAGUUCAUGGUUCUGCCUGUCGGAGCCGAGUCUUUCAAGGAGGCGUUGAGGAUAGGAUCAGAGCUGUACCACACACUGAAGGGAGUGAUCCAGGAGAAAUAUGGUCAGGACGCCACCAACGUGGGAGACGAGGGAGGCUUCGCUCCCAACAUCCUUGAGAACAGCGAAGCUCUGGAUCUGCUGCAGACCGCCAUCGAGAAGGCCGGCUUCACAGACAAGGUGGUGGUCGGGAUGGACGUGGCGGCCUCGGAGUUUUACCGCGAGGGCAAAUACGACCUGGACUUCAAAUCACCACCGGACCCCGAGAGACACAUCAGCGCAGAGGAGCUGGCCGACAUCUACCAGGGCUUUGUCAACAACUACCCAGUGGUGUCCAUCGAGGACCCGUUCGACCAGGACGACUGGGAGGCCUGGUCCCGUCUCACAGCUCGAGUGGGGAUCCAGGUCGUUGGCGAUGACCUGACGGUGACCAACCCCAGGAGGAUAGAGAAAGCUGCCGAGGAGCGAGCCUGCAACUGCCUGCUGCUCAAAGUCAACCAGAUCGGCUCCGUCACCGAGGCCAUACAGGCGUGCAAACUGGCUCAGGCGAACGGUUGGGGUGUGAUGGUCAGCCAUCGCUCAGGAGAGACGGAGGACACCUUCAUCGCUGACCUGGUGGUCGGACUGUGCACCGGACAGAUUAAGACCGGCGCCCCCUGCAGGUCUGAGAGACUGGCCAAGUACAACCAGCUGAUGAGGAUCGAGGAGGAGUUGGGCGACCAGGCUCGCUUCGCAGGCCAUAACUUCAGGAACCCUAGUGCACUGUGAAAACCGACAGAUGGACGGAUGAAUGACUCACACUCACACUCACACACACACACUCACACACACACACACACACACACACACACUCACACACUGACAGACACGACAAACAGGGAAUGAGCCAUGUACAAAGAAAGAUUCAUUAAAACACACACGAGCUAAAGAGCCAAGCAAAAAAAAAAAAGACAAAGAUUAAAUAUGCACUGGACUUUAAAGGGAGACGAUGCUGUAUGCACACACACACACACACACACACACACACACACACACAUGCACAGAGUACGCAGAUGCAACACACGCUCACACACAUGCAGGGGAAUAUUGUGAAAAUACAACAUUUAUAAGCCAGACAUGCACUGUUACUGUAGUUUUAAAGAGGGCAGCGCUGCAAAAAUCCUGAUUAUUGUUGCAACAGCAGAGAGAUGAAUAAGAAGAGAAAUGAUAGAAUCGUGUGAAGUGAAGGACUGAAAGAGGAUAAAAUAUUCAUUUAAAAAAAAAAGAAAACGUAAGAACGAUGCCUCUGCAGAGAGAAACACGACUCGGCUGUUUCAGACUGAGUAAAGAAAAACUACACAAACACCUGAACACGUGUGUCACGCUCUCACCUGGACACAGACACCUGCACUCCUCCACUUCUCUCUCCCUCUCUCUCCGUCCACUUUUCUUCUCGUCGAGUCCGAUUCUGUUUUUCUUCCUGAUGUGAUUUUGAUUAUUUGUCCUUCAUGCUUGAAUCUGUCUGAAGAAAAGAAAUGAUCUAAACCUUUGUUUCUUCGGUUCCUCCUGAAUGUCCGUAGAAUUAGCUGUGUUGAAAAAGAAGAAUACGUGAACGAACAAAACGCUUGUCAUUGAAAAUAAUGUGAAAACGUGUGAAAUAAUAAAAGAUGGUAAUUUACAAUUUCAA